AUGGCGGGCCACGGCGCCGCCCAGGAGAUCCCGGGCGCCAGAUACGCCCCUGCCGCAGCGGCGGCCCCGUACCCUGGCGGCCAGUACGCCCUGACCCCAGCGGCGGCCCCGUACCUUGGCGGCCAGGCCACUGGGCACCCGCACCUGCAGCCAGACGCCUACCGGGACUGCCUGGAGACGGACAUCAUGGGGCAGAAGUAUUGGUUCAACCCGCACACGCAGGCGUCCGCGUGGAGUUCCCAACAGCUCAUCCGGAUGAACCAGCAAUUCUACGCUGGCCUGAGCUACGUCCCGGCGGGCCCGGGGCAGCAGCACGGGCCCAAGGGAGAGCUCGGCUGGUGGGUGUGGCAGGGCGCCGACGCCGGGCAGCACAUGGGAUGGACCAUGGAGGCGCUCUGGAAGAAGGUGCAGCCCAGCAUCUCGGGCACGGGCGAGGGGGACCGGCCGGCAGAGCCGCAGGAACAAGGCCUGAGGGCGGACUUGGACGUGGAGGAGGCGGGGCAACCGCAUAGCAGGUAUUGGUACAACCCCAAGACGCUCGCCAACGCCUGGACGCGGGAGGAUCCACUUCACGCAAAGGUACCAACAGCUGUUGGCUCCAUGGCACCGGGCGUGUCCACCCAGGUUCGGGGCACCACCGGGCCCGUCUCACGGGCCGAUCCAGUUGGGGAAAUGGUACAGUAA